AUGAGCAGCGCCAGCCCCUCCUCCCCUGCGCCCGCAAGCAGCGGCAGCAGCAACAGCAGCAGCAGCAGCAACAGCAGCAGCAGCAGCAGCAACAGCAGCAGCAGCAGCAGCAACAGCAGCAGCAGCAGCAACAGCAGCAGCAGCAGCUGCUGCUGCAGCAGCAACUCGAAAAGAACCCCCGCACAUGAUGCUGCUUUGCUUAUUGUCAAAGGCGCUGCAUGCGUUGCCUUUCGCCUCCCAAUAGGCCGAACCACUCGCAGAGUCAAGUUCAACAAAGGGUUUAGCUGCAGCGUGAGCCUGGGCCCUGUAGCAGCAGCUCCUGCUGCUGCUGCUGCUGCUCAUUUUGCUGCUUUAAUUGAAAACACAAUUGAAGAAGAUAAAGAAAUAAUAAGUUUUGAGGUGUCUAGACACCUCGCGGACAAAAGAUUCAAAGACUCUUACCUCGACGAAUUCGGCAUUCCCGCCAACGUCCAAUCGGUUCGCAUCUGCGCUAUUCGCGACUGGGCCAUCAACGCCAACGCGUUUCCGAUUUUGCGGCGCACGGGUUUGCUGGAGAAGAUUGAAAUAAAAGAAAUAAAACACCACGAGGCGAAGCAAACCCUCGAAAUAUCUUUUUCUUUUUCUGUUGUUUCGGAUUUAAAAGAAAAGGUUUUGCAAGAAAAAGAUUUAUCUCUUUUAAAACACUUUUCAGAACAAGACUUGCCCACCCUCGCAGAGCUGCUGCCGCCUUCGGGAGUGGAAACCACUGAAGAUGAAAACCCUCAAGACUCCCAACUAAUAACCCCUUGGGCUGUAAAUGCAGAAGAGGGAAAAAUAGAUUACGAAAAACUCAUUCGGCGGUUUGGCUGCGAGCCCAUUACCCAGGACUUGUUGCAGCUGUGA